AAUUAAGUCAACUUAUCUGUAAUAUGAUACUAUCCUCAUAUUAUUGCAUGAUCAAGGUUCUGUCCAAGACUCCAUAGAUAGCAAUCAAAUUCAGUUUAGUAAACCUUAUAAUCCACAAACUUUUUUCAUUCUUCUCAAAUUUUUAGACCAAGAAAUGGAUAGACUGCGUGCAAUUGCUGAUGCUCAUUACAGAGCUGGCUCGCCACAAGUUAAGACAUUGGCAUAUGAUUUCUUCAAAGCACUGGACACUGAUGGAGAUGGACGGGUGAGCCUGGCCGAGUUCUUGGCAUUCAUGACUCAGCAAGGUUACACGCGCUUCAACAAUCCGUAUUUGUUCAGGGAGCUCGACCGGGAUGGAAAUGGCAGUCUUGAUUUUUGGGAGGUUUUGACACUAUUCUACAUAGUUAAAAGUGGAAGGCCUCUUUGUAACUGUUGUGGGAUUCUUAUACCAGGGACCUUUUUUUCGUGCAUCGAGUGUUUUGAGAGUUCAGACUCGUAUUCUUUGUGUAUUUAUUGUUACCGGUCUAAUAAGAGUAAGCACUACCACAAUGGUCGCCAACAAUUCUUGGAUACCUUCACUUUGUUAGAAAUGAAGAAAAAUUCAGCUAUUAAAGGAAAGGCAAACCAGAAUCAGCAAACCACUUGGCAUUCAACAAGUCAGUUCAUGGUUCCACAAACACCAACUCAUAUUCAUAUUAAUGUUGGGCAUCCUACAAGUCCUCUUCACACACCAAAUGCUGUCCAAGCAGCAAAAAUUAAUAAAUGGAAGGCUGCACUGAGAGCAUUUGAGAUAGCACUGAGCAUUGGAAGCAUUUCAACAACUCUAUGUACAAUCUUGUAAUACAUGCACUUGUAGGUUUUUGUUUUUUGGUCUGUCCAAUUUCAGCUGCAUUUAUGAGAUUUUAUAUUCCUCAUUUCUGUGUUUUUUGUUUUUAUUUUGUAAUC